AUUGAAAUGAACGAUUGCGCGACUGAAUUUAAACUGUUUAAGAAUUGUUUACAAAAGAGUGCUGCUAAAUUGAAAACGAAGAUUUAAAAAUGUUUAAGAAAUUCGUUGGAUUAGAGAUUUGGGGUCAUUUAAUUAUUGGGUUUAUUUUGAGGGGGGUUUUAAUAAUUUAUGGGGAUUUUCAUGAUGAUUAUUUUAAAGUUUCUUAUACGGAUGUUGAUUAUAAAGUUUUUUCGGAUGGGGCUCGAUGUGUAAUCGAAGGGGAUUCUCCGUAUAAAAGGGAUACUUAUCGGUAUAGCCCAAUUUUGGCUUUUUUGAUGGUUCCUAAUGUUUUGAUUCAUCAAUCGUUUGGGAAAUGGUUCUUUUCUUUGUUUGAUGUAAUCGCGGGGUAUUUAAUUUAUAAAAUUGUUAAAUUAAAUAGUUUGGUUAAUCAUGAUAAAAAUGAUUUAGAGGUUAAAGCGAAAAUUAGUUCAUUUUUUUGGUUGUAUAACCCCUCUGUUUUUAUAAUAUCAACGCGAGGUAAUUGCGAUGCAAUUUCAUCAAUUUUCGUUUUAUUAACAAUUUAUUUGUUGCAAUGUGACUCACAAUUUUUAGCCGGAUUAAUUCAUGGCUUUGUUAUUCAUUUUCGUUUGUACCCCUUAAUGUAUAGCCUUGCUUAUUUUAUGAAUCAAAAUUCGAAAACUAAUUUGAAACCGACUAAAAUUGUUUAUAUUAAAUACUUAAUUCCUAAUUUUAAACAGUUAAAAUUAAUUUUUGGAACUUUACUCGCAUUAAUUUCGUUAACAACUUUCUUUUAUUUCCUUUAUGGGUACCAAUUUUUAUAUGAAACCUACAUUUAUCAUUUCAUUCGAAAAGACACCCGCCAUAAUUUUUCUUUAUAUUUUUAUCUCCAAUAUUUAUCGGCCGAUUUAAAAAUCGUCAAUAUUUGGCAAAGAAUUCUUACCGUUUUGCCACAAUAUCUGUUAAUAACCGUUUUAUCGAUUCGUUAUGGCUUAAAUAAAUCCUCUUUGUGUUUUUCGUUGUUUUCAAUCACUUUUGUUAUGAUUACUUACAACACGGUUCUUACAUCGCAAUAUUUUAUGUGGUUAAUGGUUAUUUUGCCUCUGUGUUUGUGGCAAAUUAAAAUUAAUAAAUUCACAUCAACAGUAUUGGUUUUAAUUUGGAUUGUGGCUCAAUUAGCUUGGUUGUAUCCGGCUUAUCUUUUGGAGUUUCAAGGAAAAAACACGUUUAUUUUUAUUUGGAUUCAAAGUGUUGCGUUUUUCUCCGCUAAUAUCGGAGUUUUAGGUAGAAUUAUAUCUUGUUAUAAACCGUAGCAAAAAUAGUUUAGGUUUGAUGUUGUUGAUUUCAAUAAAAUUUGUAACAAAUUAA